AUGUUCAGAUUAUUUGAUUCAAGUUAUCAAUAAAUGAAUCAAAUCAUUGAAGAAGGUGGGAAUGUACUAUGGCUUGGUGAUUUUACUGCAGCAUUAGAUAGACCUUUGCUUGAUUCGAAAGGCAUUUAGACAGUGUUAACUGUUGCAACUGGCUUAAAUGUAGCCUACAGAGAACCAGGUAUAACUCAUAAAGUACUAAUUCUAAAUAAUGAAAGGUAUAUCAUAUCCUAGAUUCAGAAACUGCAAAUAUAGGAAGAUUGUUUUAAGACACAAACACUUAAAUAAUUGAAGGUUUAAAAAGAGGAUCAGUUUUAGUACAUUGUGCUGCAGGAGUAUCAAGGUCUGCUUCAGUAGUGAUAGCAUAUUUAAUGAAAACAAAAGGAUUUGGUUUUUAAGAAGCAUUUAACUAUGUAAAAAAGAAGAGAAGUGUCAUUUAACCUAAUUAUGGAUUUAUUAAAUAAUUAAGAAAUUAUGAAAAGGAAGUAAAGAUAGUAAAAAAAGAAGCUCUUUAACUAAAAAUAAGCGAAAAUCCAAAAGAUGCAAAAGGUUGUUAAUUGAUAAAGACUUAAGAGAAAAAGAAAUCUGAUUUAAACAUCAUAGGUCAAUAAGCUGUUCAUUAACGAUAACCAAGUUAAUUAACUUAACCAAAAAUCACUACUUCAAAUUCUACAAGAGCUAAUUCGACAAUAAAUUCGAAAAAAUACUUUGAACCAUAAAAGACUUACCAAGGACCUUAGAUUGUAACCUAUGCAAAAAAUAAUAAAUUAGUUAUCAAAAAUCAUUUUGCAAUGCCUGAGAUAAAAUAAAAAAAAAACAAGUGA